CCCAAUAAAACCCAUAAAACCCAUUAAAACCCAAAAAACCCAUUAAAACCCAUUAAAACCCCUGGGUUUUUCCGAACCCUGGGGCAAUCCCACUUUUACCCUAUUUCUUAUAAAGCACAUUUAGUUACUUUUUGACAAUUACACUUUUGUCAUUGCUUCAGUCUGAGCCAUGAAGUCCAAUUGGCUACCAUUUCUGCUUGUAAUUGCGGUCACUACAUUUUCCAAGACAGAAGAAAUUUGUCCCGACGGAUCAAAUUUUUGGCCUCAUCCAGACUGCCAAUUUUAUUAUGAGUGCAACUUCGGUGACGCUCCGACACUAAAACAAUGUCCGGCUGACUUGUAUUGGGACGUUGCCCGAAGUUUCUGCAACCUCCAGGAAAAUGUCCCAGAAUGCGUUGGAGGGACAAGACCACCUGUCACCACAACCACGACGACCCCACCAACCACCACGACAGGACCAACUACCACUCGCCCGACAACGACCACUCCCACGACGACGACCACACCUCGUCCCACCACAACGCUGCCUACCCGACCAACUCCUCCGCCCUGCGAAUCCCGCUGUUGUCUUUUCAUGUAUGAUCCAGUCUUGAUACCUCCGGGUCCCUUAAACGUUACGUUCAACCCAAUCCUAAAACUUGACGAAUGGAGCAGAAUUGAGGAACUCUUGGUGGUGGGAAUGUCAUCCAUCGCUCGGACUUGUCUCCUUAAUGCAAUUACUUUAACAAUGAGCUUCCAUACUGUAGUUCCGUCAAUCCUUUUAACGACUGAGUUUGACAUUUCCGGCUACGUUGACCUACGCCCACUAGAAUUUCUCCCGUCUGGAAACUUCACUGGGGAAGGAUUCGCAGAAAUUUCCCUGUCCAACUUGGAGUACACAAUUAAUGGAACUUUGUUCAUUAAUAUAAUCGGCAACAGGCCCAUGAUUCGGACCUUAUCGGUUGCAAGUGUAUCAUUCACAAAUUUCUAUAUCGAUUUAGGUCCAGACUUUUUGAUAGCGGGAACUCCUGUCGACUGGGUAGAAUUGAGUGCUAACUCGAAAACUAGAUUUGAUCAAGAAUGGCCAAUGCAUCGGGUGCAAUUCACAGAAAAGAUUAGAACUGGUAUCAACGAGUUACUUGUUCCAUACACGUUGGAUGACCUGAUAGAAUUCUUAUUUGGCGAAAACUGUCCGUUUUGCUCAAAUACUCCUUAAAUCCCUUGAAUAUUAUCUAUCCUUGCAAACUUCCAAUGUUUAAUUAAAUUCGGAAGAGAAUUGUAUUUAUAUUUAAUACUUAAUAAUUGUACCAUGCUGUAAUUUAACAAAUUAAAUUAGCAGUACGCUGUACGAAUUGUGUAGCUAUUUGUUGUGCUCAAACAUAAAGAACCAGGUCAAUAUUAGCAUAUAUCUACAUUGUUAAAAAUCCGAUAGAGUCACAGACAUAAAUAUGUAUGUAAUACAUAUACUUUGUACUGGUAUUGAUUUGGUAAUAAAUUCCUACCGGAUUGGUAGUAGUUUUUU